CCGCAAGUAAGAAAGACUACUACUACUGCAUAGUUGAGAGGGACAUAAAUUGUACUAUUGUUUCUGAGAAAAGCAAACACUCGGAUCCUAUGAAAGCUUGGGGAAAGCCUCGUUUGGGUGCUCUUUCAGGGAAAGAAGUAAACUGAUUUAAUUUGUAGCUGAAAGAGCAAAAAGCUUAAAAGAGGAGGAGAAAAGGGUUUUGUUUCUUGUGUAUAUUUGAUGCCAUAUUUUGGAUUCUGGAAAGAGGUUCAUUCUAGAGAUUGAUAUGAUGAUGAUGAUGAUGAUGAUGGAGUUUGAGUUCUUUCCGGCCUGGGUGAUAUGAUAUGAUGGCCGGAAACCCUACUAACUGGUGGAGCAUGAUGGCGAAUGCCGGCACUGUGCACCCACCGCACCACCACUCCUCCUCCUCCUCCUCUCCUUCUUAUCAGCUCUCGCCGCCGUCCUCGUCGUCCCACCAUUUCUAUGCACCUUCCGAUUCCAUGCCGGAAAACCCAGCCCAGGAUUUUCCACGCUCAUGGAGCCAACUCCUCCUGGGCGGUGCUGAAAACGAAAAGUUUGGUAUGAGUCCUUUUCAGUACAAGAGAAUGGUGCAGGAGACUUGGGAAGAUCAAAUCAUCAAUGGGAAUAAUAAUAAUAAUAAUAAUAACCCAUCAUCAUCAUCAUCUUCCACAGCUCCUGUUGUUGAUGUAAUUAAGCAUGAAGAUCAUUUCCCUCAAAUCGGACACCUGUACGGACACAACCACCAUCCUCCUCCUCCUCUUCUUCCUCUCGUGCUAGAAAACGAUCAUCAUCAUCAGUAUUUCCAGCAAACUGCCGCCGCUGCGGCGGCGGCGCCGCCCAGGCCGCUUCCUCACCAUCAUCACCACCAAGAAUUUGCUUCUUCUUCUUCUUCGCCGCGCUCUUGCGUCACGACGGCGUUCAGGGACAGCGCCGGCAACAACAACAACAACAACAACGUUCUCAUCUUCUCCGGUCACCGCAGUUGCCCUAAGCCCCCGGAGGCCAUCGUCAACACUCACCAUUCCUCCCAGUGUAACAGCACAAGCACUAGUAGUGGAGGGGCACCCAAGAAGGCUAGGGUUCAUCAAUCUUCAACCCAAUCAUCUCUAAAGGUGAGGAAAGAGAAGCUUGGGGAUAGAAUAACAGCUCUUCACCAACUUGUUUCCCCAUUUGGAAAGACUGACACGGCCUCCGUCUUGUCAGAAGCUAUUGGCUACAUCAGAUUCCUCCACACUCAAAUUCAGGCAUUAAGCUCCCCAUACUUGGGCAAUGCAUCAGCAGGAAGCAUGGCGCACACUCACCAACAAUCUGAAGCUGCAGCGGAAAAAGGAGGAGGGGAUUUGAGGAGUAGAGGGUUGUGCUUGGUUCCAUUGUCAUGCACCGAUCAACAUGUGGGUGUGGGAAGCGACAUUAAUGGAGGAGCUGAGUACUGGGCUCCCGCUCUCGGCGGAGGCUUUUAACAUCAUCAUCACUCUAAUUAUAUUCGAGCAUGCAUAAUGCAUGCAUGCAUGCAUGAACUGCAGCGAAUUGAAGCUACCAGCUCGUCCCCAUCAUCGGAUCAGAUCAUCAUACAUAUAUGUAUAUCAUCAUUUGAUGAAUAUAUAUAUAAUGAUGAUCACUAUAUCAUACAUUAUUAAUUAAUCUUGCUUAGCUUAUCAAUUCUCUGCUUAAUCAGUUGGUUCAUUUUAACAGUAUUUUUGGAAAAGUUUACAUAUUGGAAAAGAAGUAAUAAUUGGAGACACAGUACUACAGCUGUGGGCAGUGGUCUCAUCAA